CAGCCACCUCCAGCACUGCAUUCAGCUCCUGGCUACACCGAGGCUCAACGCAAGUUCUUGUCAUUCUGGGCUCCUACAAUGUCUGUUAGAACUACUCCAAAGUACAACAGCCAGUCUGUGAUCAUCCAGCGCAGGCCCCAGCUCUCCACAGCCCAAAUGGGUUGGGGUGGGGGAGCUUCAGUGCGGGGUUCUAGUAUGGGGGGCGUGGGGUAUAGCUCAAGCUUUGGUGGUGGCAGCCAAGGGUCAGGCUCUGGCAGCUAUGGGUCAAGCUUUGGUGGUGGAGGGUUCAUUGGGUCAGGCUCUGGCAGCUAUGGGUCAAGCUUUGGUGGUGGAGGGGGCUUUAUUGGUGGAAGUGGCAUAGGAACAGGAGGUGGUGGGGGCUCGUUGUCCGGUGGAGUCAAUGAGAAGGCUGAAAUGCAGAAUCUAAAUGACCGUCUGGCCAGCUAUCUAGAGAAGGUGCGUGCCCUGGAGAAGGCCAACGCUGAGCUGGAGGGCAAGAUACACGAUACCGUCAGUGCCAGUGCUAAAGCUGGUAAAGAGGUGGACUGGACUAGCUACUAUGACAAAAUCCAUCCACUGCAGCAGCAGAUCCAGGACAAGAUCAUGGAGAACGCCCGAUUGGCUCUCGAGAUUGACAAUGCAAGACUGGCAUCGGAUGAUUUCCGGAACAAGUAUGAGACUGAGCUGCUCCUGAGACAGUCGGUGGAGGCUGACAUCAAUGGCCUGCAUGCUCUGAAGGCGGACUACACCAACACCCAGCGUAACUUAGAGAGCGAAAUCUCAAGCCUGCAGGAUGAACUGGACUACUUGAAGAAGAACCACGAAGAGGACAUGAGUGGCCUCAGGCAGAAAAUGACUGGCACCAUCAACGUGGAAGUGGACUCCACCCCAGGCCCCGACUUGAACAAAAUCCUUGAAGACCUCCGUGAUGAGUAUGAGAACAUCAUGCGCAAAAACAGAGACGAAUGGGCGUCCUGGUUCAACAAACAGGCGGAAAGCAAUAAUCUAAAAGAACCGAGUGAAGCACAACCCGAAAUGGACGCUGCAAAAUCCGAGCUGUCUGAAAGCCGCCGCCAGAUGCAGAACAUACAAGCCGAACUGGACGCACUGCGCGCAACGAUCCAAGCCCUGCAACAAAACCUGCAAGACAUAAACGCCCGAAACGAACAGGAGCUGCUGAGGUACCAAGCCAUAGUGACGAGGCUGGAAGAGGAGCUGUCCUCGGUGCGCAGCGACAUGACCCGCCAGUCGCAGGAAUACCAGAACCUGCUCAACAUCAAAAUCAAGCUGGAGACAGAGAUUGCAAUGUACAAGAGCCUGCUGGAGGGGGCGUCAGUUGAAAGCUCGGAAGAACAUCAUCCAGAUCACAAGUAGGAACACCUGAUGUCUCCGCUACUGCUUCAGCUUGAAGAGCCCCUCUUGUCGGCUUCUAGCCAGGCGCCUUCAUUUCCUCAUCUGUUUCUAAACUGAUCAUUGCUUAAUAUGAGAGUCACGUGGUCCUGCCCAUCGACCCCACGUUUUCCAAAUACAGCAGUUCAGCAUCAGCAACCCCAGCACUCCCUUUGACAGACACCAAGAUAAUCUGGUCAUCAGCUCUCCGGACCCCCAGUAAGAUCACCCAGAAUGACCUGCAAACUGGAGCUCUACAAACACGUCCCAUCACCCUAAGGAGGUCUUGAAGACUGUGUCACAGCUUGUGACCGCUCAUCGAUUUCGAGCUUUGCUCCAAGGUGACUCGUCAGACGUCACACAAAUGUGAUAAGAGUGAGGGGUGCGUGGGUGGGAAGUCAAGGGUGGGCCACCACGAUCCUUCUGCUACUCCUCUCUGUCUUGUCUUUCCUGAAAACGAUGCUUAAUCAAUAAAGCUCUCUGUCACAAGUG